AACACCAACACCAACCACCAGCCGGAACACUAAAACUAGGUCUCAAACACUUUUGACAGCCCACUCCGCAUCCCGGCGGUUUAGCUGAUUGCGGUCCCCGAUUUGCUUAUCCUGAUCGGCGGUGCCACUUCAGGCAGUUGCAGCCUCGGCGCCCGCGGAACCCCAGUUUAGGUGGCGAGCUGGUUGAACUGGUGCCUGGCGACCGUUAUCCAAGCUUAAUUAUCCUAAUUCAUUCGUGACUCACGCCCCGCCGGGAUAAUUCUUCUCUGGCCCCCAUACUAAUAACCGCAUGCUUGACUCUCUGACCUGUCAGAAGCUUAGCUUCCUCAGGUCGCCCCCCUGCCCUAACCACCACCCGGCAGGUCGAAGCGCUGCUUGAAUUAAGGAUUGAUGAAUGAAUUGAUUAUUGAUCCUGAUCGCGGCCCGCAUGACAGCUCCCCGUCAACGCUCGUAUACGGGCUGCUGGUCAUGUCGCCGGCGGCGGCGCAAGUGCGAUGGAGCCCGGCCCAGCUGUCGCAAUUGCGAGAGGCGCGGUACCCCCUGUGAGGGCUAUGAAGUGCGUUUGAGAUGGGGUGCGGGCAUUGCGUCGCGUGGGCAUUUUGCUGGUGCUGAACGGCCUGUUUUGGGUGCUCUUGACAGUAGCCCUAGCCCUAGGGUGUCUGUUGCUGGAUCUGAGACUGUCGCUGGUUCUAGUGAGCCCCGGCCACAGCAGUCUACUCCUGUACCUGGACCGGAAAAUGUAGAGCUGCAAGCCAGUGAACUGCUCCAGAAGUUUUUCCACUCCGGCCACCAUGACCUGCUUUCUAUACGAGAGUCUCGAGAUGUAUUCAAAACAAUGGUCGAGAUAUGGUGCCAGGAAUCCAAAGCCUGCGCUGCAGUCUGCGUCGCCCUGCAAACCCUCCUCGAGCCAGAAGUACACGCCCAGUUCGAAGAAUACUUCGACAUCGCCCUGCAGCGCUUCCGUGCGGAAAUGGCUCACACGGAUGUCCUGAGCCAGGGGACUCUGGCUGCAGGGAAUCUACUUUGCACCGUUAGUUUCUUCCAUGGUAAACCGUGGACUUUCCACGUCCACGGCCUCUACGAGCACCUCACCCACUCCCCGCCCGACAGCAGUAUCUUGCACGCCCGCGACCCAGCUUGUCACUCUCUAAUCGGUUCUCUCGGGAUAAUGGACCUCCCGCCCUUCGUCGCCGGUCGUCGCUCACCACCAAUGCAUAUCUGGUACCACCACUGCCGGGGGAGCUCUCGCACGUGGCUUGGUCCAGUCAGUACAGGGGGAAUUGAGCCGAUCACAGGCCUGCCGCGAUCGCUGAUUGACUUGUUCUCAUGUAUUGGGUUUAGUCCGGACCAGGAUAUCGAAAGCGGGUUUUGGUGCUGGCCUGGUGAGGAGGGGAGUGCGGCGCAGAUGCAGCUUUGGGAGGCGUACCAGUUUGCGGGUAUUCUUGCUGUGAGGAGGAACUCUCAUCCUGGAGUGGGAGUAAGUGGAAACGAAUCAACGUCGAAUGAGGUUGUAAUUGGCCGGAUCGUCGGUGCAAUCGAGGCCUUGAACCGUGCAGCUCCGGAUAUGGACGAGGAUGAUGAAGUGGUGUUCAAUGCUAUUCGGUAUCCGCUUGUCAUUGCGGGUUCGGAUGUUGAUGUUAUGCGUGCACAUCCGGAGUGGAGGGGUAUGAUUGAGGGGACGCUCAGGACACUUGUUGAAGAGGAUCCUUAUGCGCAAUGUAAGUUGACGCUUGAUGUGUUGAGUGAAGUAUGGUCGUUGUGGGAGCAGGGGAGGGAUGUUGGCGUUGCGGAGCUAGCAUUUGAGAGGGGGGUGGAGCUUUAUCUUGUUUCUUGAUUUGUGUAUUAGUUGUGUGGAUACUCUCAUGAUUUGUUGUAUAUAGUUGAAAAGUAUAGACCCCUUCUCGCCUCGUUAUUGUGCCUUUGAUAUCAGACGUGGAAUGCGGAGAUAUUGCUACCAGGAGAAUUACAUUUCUAACCAGACCCAUUGCGAUAAUGCAAUAUGGGGCAUUUAUCUG